CUCCCAGUUGAGCUUAUCGACGCCAUCGCAGACCUGGUCGACUACGAAAGCGAGAUCAAUGCACUCGCCCGCACGAACAAGGAUCUGCGCGAGGUCUUGAACCGACGGCUCUAUAAGCACAAUGUGCGCCAUGGGGACAGCACGGCGCUAGCGUGGGGAAUCGCGCACCACUCCAUUGAAACCGUCAAGCUGAUUCUCGAAGCAGGCGCCUCCCCCCACGAAUGCGAUCGGCGCAUGGACUGGCGACCAAUGGCACUGGCGGUCUACGAGGGACAGGAGGAUAUUGUGCGACUCCUGUGCGAGCACGGGGUCGACCUGCGUCAGGUCCGCGACUGGGUGAAUCCCCGUCACCAUGACUACUCGUCCUCCCCCGCGCAGACCAUGAGCCUCCUGGCGAUCGCGGCGAAACGCGGCCAUGAGCCGCUGGUUCGCAUGCUCAUGGACUACCUGCCGCGGAAGGGCGAUGUCGAUUUCCCGGCCGACAGGCUGCGACGGACGCCGCUGAUCGGCGCCGCCGAGAUGGGCCAUCUCUCCGUGGUCCGCUGCCUGGUCGAUGCGGGCGCGAACCUCGAGGCUCGCGACAACGAUGACCAAACCCCCCUGGUUCAUGCGGCGAAAAACGGCCGGCAUGAGGUGCUGGAGUUCCUCCUGAGUCGGGGGGCGGAUCCCAACGUCAGAUCUUUCAAUGGAGCCACGCCGCCCAUCUCCGAAGCUGCCCACCAUGGUCAUUUCGAGUGCGUGCGGUGUCUGAUCAAUGCGGACGGCGUGAUGGACAGCCUGCCGAGUCUGGAGGAGACGAGUCACCCUCUUGUGUGCGCCACUAGAAGCAGGCACCCGGCUAUAGUUGAUCUCCUUCUGGCGCAGCCUCAGAGCUACGCGCAGCUCGGCACAAAUCUACGUGCGAUGCUGUGUGUUGCCGCUGCGCGGGGUGACCUCCCUGCUGUCCAGGGGUUUCUGGAAAACCCUGGUUGCCAUCCGAACUCUGUGAUCCAGUUCGUACAGGGUUCACUCAAUGGUUCCCUCACGGCCCUAUGUUUGGCGGCCGACCGAGGCCACACAGCGGUCGUGCAAAUGCUGCUUGAGCGUGGCGCUCUGCCAUCUAGAGAGGCGAUCCUAUGGCAGGAGAUACAGAAAGCACUUCUCCAAGCGAUUUAUGGGGGCUUUCAGCCCAUCGUUGAACUGUUACUUGAGGCAGGAGCCGAUCCGAACGACGAAGACGUCUUCCAUGGAACUGGCAACCCUGCUCUUAUAGCGGCCAUGUCGUUCCAGGGGAUUUUUCAAUGCUUGCUGGACGCUGGGGCUAGCCCUGGCCGGAUGAAUGUGGAAGAGACGACGGUCGUAGCCGCGGUUUUGGGCUCAGGCCGGACUGCACUGGUGCAGAUGCUGCUGGACCGUGAACUUGACUUGCCGCUGCUCAUGGGCCGUCGUACCAGCUUCAUUCACCAAGCCAUCGGAGGCGGUCGAGCAGUCUUUGAGCUUCUCCUGCAACAGCAACGAUGGGACGACCUGCUACUCCCGGAGAAUCUCACCAGCAUGGCCUGUGAGGAAGCUCUCAGCGUGGCGGCGACCACCGGCCGAGUGGAGAUGGUCCAGUUCCUGAUCGACCAGGGGUUUCACGCUCGUCUCCCCCGGCCCCGACAGGUUGACAUCUUUUGCGUGGCGGCGAGAUCCAUGGACAGGCCUGACGCAGACCCAAGCGCCAUCGUCGAUCUUCUCCUCCGAUACGGCGAAGAUAUCAAUCAAAAGGUG